AUGGCAAAAAUCGAAGUCAACCAAACCACUCUAGCGACGCUCAGAGAUAAAACUGUUCUGAUCACAGGCGGAUCGAACGGCAUAGGACGACAAACGGGGUUACUGUUGCACAGUCACGGCGCAAAUGUCGUUAUUGGAGAUCUUGACGUUGUGAGGGGUGAAAGCCUACUUAGAGAGAUCGGUGAGCAGGGCAUAUUCGAGAAGACUGACGUCACCAAUUGGGAGUCUCUGAGGAAUCUUUUCGAGAGGGCAAAAGACCAAUUCGGCUCAGUCGAUAUCGUCCUAGCCAACGCAGGCAUACCGGAGAGGCCUCCAUAUCUCUUUGACGUGGUUCUUGACGAUAAUGGACUGCUGAAGGAGCCGGACUUCUGCCUCGUUGAUAUUAAUUUGAACGGUGUUCUGAGAAGUAUAGCAACUGCUCAUUUGUGGAUUUGCCAACACCACCGCUCUUGGAUCUCGAAGGUUAUUUGA